UAACUGCUUCAGGUACAAAAGGAAUAUGAAGAUUUGAUGGAUAAGUGGGAUAGGUUUACGAGAAAGUCAAAGCCAAUAAUGAUGUCGAGGACACGGUCUACAAGGAGAGCUGAAGAGCUAUACAUGUUAGAACAACUGCGCCAUGGGCUAGUUUCUUCAUUACAGGAAGCUGAACCCAAUAACAAGACUAAAAUGAAACCCAUCUUUGGGGUUGCUCAAUCUCUUAGUUCUCUUAUUUCUGAGCUUCUACUAUCAACUCAUGAAAAUCUCAAGGAAAACCUGACUGUUACUCCACGUUUAGUGGCAGAGGUAGCAGGCCCCUUGACUGGGGUUCCAGCUUCAUGGCUCCUUCGAUGUUCAGAGCCUCCUUUGCAGGGCCUGGAAUCAAGAUUAGCUGAGAGGCUAAUUGGACAAGAUCAUGUUAGAUUUCUGAUUAGCAAUGCCUUGUUGAGGCAAAGAUCUGGGCCUCGACCUGUUGGCUCGUUUCUCUUCCUAUAUGGCUCUGGAAUGGGAAGGACAGAGCACGCAAAAGCUCUUGCAAAACAAAUUUUUGAUAAUAGUGACUUGCUCACAGAAUUUGACAUGUCAGAGUACAUGGAUUCUGAUUCCGUCUCACGACUGAUUGGUGUUCCCUCCAGUUACAAAGAAUGUGGCGUGGAAGGAAUGCUUACAGAAGCUGUGAGGAGGAGGCCAUACAGCGUCAUCUUGUUUGACAAUGUUGAUAUGGCUCAUCCUGCUGUUGUUGAUGUUCUGAUCGAAAUUUUAAGUCAUGGUAGAGUAUUAGUUGACCAAGGAAACUCUGUUGAUUUCACCAAAACAUUGAUUGUCUUGACAUCGAAUGCUAUAGAUGGUAACUUCCGAUUGUGGGGCUGCGACUGUAUAUGGAGGUCUCAAGAUUGCCCUGUGAAAGACAACUUGUAUAGUGAUCGAUGGGAACAGAAACAUCGAUGCAUCUAUCCUUCUCUUUUGAGAGAGGCAAGAAGAUAUUUCAAACCUGAGUUGUUUGAGAAACUGGAUGAUGUGAUUGUCUUUAAAUGCCUCUCCCCUGAACAGUCUAUGACUAUUGGUAGGCUCCAGCUGAGGGACAUAGCCAGCUCCAUCACAGAAAAAAAACUUAUCCUGUACCCAUCUGAAGCUGCAUUGCGUUGUAUGGUAAUGAAGGGGGCAUUAGGACUGCAUGGUGGAGAGGUCUUGAGGAUUUUGCUCGAGGAGAAUGUGGUCCCUUUGUUGUUUGAUAUGCUUACAAAGAAUGAAAUAGAUGAUAUGUCUGCGGUUUACAUAGAUGCCCUGGUGGGAACAAAGGAACUGUCUUAUAGAUUGGAGAAGCGUGGUUCUUACGUGGAAGACCUGUUCUUGAAGCACUUCAAAGAAUCUUUUAGGGAAUUGAGAAUCAUGUACCGCAAAGAGAAGGAACGAAUCAAUAUGAUCUACACUUUGAGACGAAACUUUUUUCAGUUGAUGAAUCUCCUGAAUGCAAAUGCCGUGGCAGAUUUCGGCUGUGUUGCUGAAGUAGUCCAAAAGUUGCUUAGUACAGUGGAUGAUCUCAUAAGGAAUACAGUCGAUGUCAAUUUGACACCCAGUCAGAAUAAACUGGCACCUUUAAACUAUUCCAAUGAGGAGACACAACCUACGGACACUGAAAGGUCUACCAAGAGGGCUAAGAAUCAAGUGCAGGGUCUUUGCAUGGUAUUGUGCAACAGAGUGGUGGGUCAAAAUCAGGAAGCAAUUGAUGUCGUAGCAGAGGCAAUGUUGAAAUCAAUUCUUGCACCACAUGAUCUGCCACAUCGACCCACUAUGUCACUCCUAUUUUUGGGUCUUACAAGGGUUGGUCAGGCUGAUUUUGUAAGAAGUGUAGCUGAGAAUUUUAUAUGUGAUGAUGGGACGGACCUACUUAUUCAAAUUGACUCGUCUAAAUACAGAGACCCAGACUCGCUUUUCCAGUUGAUCCAUGGGCCUCUAGAGCUUCCAUUUAGCCAUAGCCAACAUGGUGUUCCACUCCUAGAAAUUGUCCAGAUGAGGCCACACAGCAUUCUUCUAUUUUCACAAGUUGAGAUGGCACACAUUUCUGUCUUCAGUGCUUUACUUUCUGUCCUUGAUCAAGGUACAUUGAGUAAUGUUGAUGGACAUACGGUAGAUUUCAGACACACUGUGGUUAUUUUUGCCUCGAAUGUGGGUAACAGAAGGCUUCUUGCGCAUCUUGUUGGACAUGCUUCUCAAGAUGGUGCUUCUCAUGAAGUUAUACAGCAGGUAAAUAAAUAGAAAUAAUAGUAGUAGUGUU